AUGAAGAGAAAGAUGUUACAUUUAUGCCUGGGCAUUGGGAUGAUUGGGGCACGCCGCUACAAGUUGGGCUAUGGGCUGAGGGGGCCGCUCCAUUCCUUAGAAAGCAGGCUUUAUAAGGGCUGGCUAUCAAACUACCAACCGCAAUUAGGCUUCUUUUCUGACAGCAGUAGCGGUCAGUGCGACAGCAGCAGUGACUAA